AUGCAGUCUCUCUCCGACCCCAAAAAGCGUCUUGCUCUCUCCAUAAUAGAUUUCUUGUCCUCAUCGCUCAAGGACGGAACCCUGACCGCCGACGAUGCAGACAAUAUCGAGAUUGCGAGCAACUGUAUUGCGGAGGCCUUCAAGGUCGACGCAUCAGAUAAAGCUGCCGUGUCAGAGGCAGUAGGUUCACAGAAUCUACUCAGCAUAUUCUCCGUGUAUGAGAAACUCAAGGGUAAAGGUGGCCCGGCAGGGGAUGCGGGCGCAACAUCGAAGGCAGCCUCAGAACCUACCGCGAUAAACCCCGAGGCCGAGAAACUUAAGAGCGCCGGAAAUGCUGCCAUGCAACAAAAAGACUAUAAGACUGCAAUUGCGAAAUACAGCGAAGCCAUCACAUUCUCGCCCACCAAUCCGAUCUACUUAUCAAAUCGUGCGGCUGCAUAUUCUGCUAGUGGUGACCAUGCAGCAGCUGUCAAGGACGCAGAGUUGGCAGUGGCAGCAGAUCCCAAAUACACAAAAGCGUGGUCAAGGUUGGGGUUGGCAAGGUUUGCUAUGGGUGAUGCAAGGGGUAGCGUUGAAGCAUACCAGAAAGGUAUCGAUUUCGAAGGUAGCGGUGGCAGUGAAGCUAUGAAGAAAGGAUUGGAGACAGCAAAGAAAGAGCUUGCCAGAAUGGAAGCGGAAGAAGACAACAUCCCCGAAGAUGACGUUGACGAUGCGCCAGGCGAUAGCCGCGGUGGAGGAGGCCCUGAUCUCGCCGGCCUAGCAAGUAUGCUAGGAGGAGGCGGAGGCAGGGGCGGGGGCGGUUUCGAUUUUGCCAGCAUAAUGAACAACCCAAUGUUUGCGUCGAUGGCCCAAAACAUUAUGCGAAAUCCGGAUGCGCUGAGCGGGCUGAUGAACAAUCCCACCGUUCAGGGUAUUAUGAACAAUCGCAGAGAAGGUGGCGGUGGCGGUGGCGUGCCAGAUAUGAGCCAGAUCCAACAAAUGAUGCAAGAUCCAGCUAUUGCAGGACUUGCUCAACAAUUCAUGGGCGGUGGUGGAGGUACUGGUGCCGGCGCUGGCAGAGGAGCAGGACAAUAG